AUGGAGUCGGGAGGAGACUCAAACAACCAAAAGUUGAUAGAAGCCAUUGAAGGGAGUAGUGCUAGGUUAGGCAAUGUCUUAGACAAUGUAAUGGAGACAUUGGCCGCCAUGAGGAGGGAGAGCAAUGCCAAUGCCGAGAGGCUAGAAAAAAGAUAUGGAGAAAGGGAGAGCAAUGGUAGUGAUGGGCUCCGAAAUGAAAGAAGAAGGAGAGGAAGUAGGAGUGGAAGAGAAGAACCAUUUGAAAGAUGGGCCGAUGGUAUCCAUGAGGAGGAUCGGCCAAGAGAGUAUGAGGGAGAAGAGAGUGAGCCCCAAAGGAGUCCUCUACAUCGAAGGCCUCAUGGCCGGAGAGAAAGAGAGGAAAGGAGGAGAAGAGAGGAAGAAGAUGAUGUUAGGGUUUCGGAUCGGCAUGAUAGGAUCCGGAAACCGAAGAUCGAUUUCCCUACUUUUGGAGGAGGUGACCCUUAUGAGUGGUUGGAUAGAGUGGAGCAAUACUUCCUAGUGUACGAAAUCCCUAGGGAGGAGAAGGUGACUCUAGCUUCCUAUCACUUGGAGGGGAGGGCCAACCGAUGGUGGAGGUGGCUAAGGAACCUCUAUGCUAGAGAGGGGAAUCCAUUGGGAUGGACGGAGUUCAUGGAUGAGUUCUUGAAGCAAUGGGGACCAUCGCCGACCAUCAAUCAUCAUGGCCAAUUGGCCAAAUUGAAGCAAGAAGGCAAGAUUCAAGACUACAUCGACCAAUUCCGCCAACUACAAACCAUGGUGGAAGGGUGGUCCGAAGAAGCACUCCUUGGUACAUUCGUGGAUGGGCUCAAAUCGUGGCUAUCCAAGGAGAUCAAGCUCAAGCAGCCUACUCGACUUCAAGAUGCCAUGAGGAUGGCCGAAAUCAUGGAUCAAAACAACUUCCAUGACCGGCGGCCAACCAAGGAGUCUUUCAACCGCAAGGACUCCAAACCUUUGCAAUUGAAGCCUCAAAAUUCUGCAACAACGACCUCCAAACCACCACAACAUGAGGUUCGAAAGCUCAACCGGGAGGAGUUGCAAGAAUACAUCAAGAAAGGCCUAUGCUUCAAGUGCGGUAACAAAUGGGAGAAAGGCCACCAAUGCAAGCCCGGCCAAUCCUUUGCCAUCCACCUUGUGAGCAGCGAAGAUGAGGCCGAUGAAAGUGCUACUUCAUCCUCCGAAGAUAGCACCAUUGAUGAAGAAGAUGAAGCCACAAGAUCAGCCCAUGAGAAUGCCGAAGUGUCCUUGCAUGCACUAUCCGGAGUACAACGACCAUCGACGAUGAGGAUGAUGGCAUGGAUCGGAAGACAUGAGGUAUCCCUCCUUGUUGACAAUGGAUCCUCCCACAACUUCAUCAACCCGGAUGCUUUACAUAGGAUCGGACUCAAGGGGGCAGCCACCGAACCCUUUGAUGUGAAGGUUGCAAGUGGAGAUCGUCUACAAUGCCAAUCCAUUGUCAAAGAUGUGCGGCUCAAUGUCCAAGGAGUCCGCAUAGUGGCUGAUCUACAUGUCCUCCAACUAGUUGGCCUAGAUGUGGUUCUAGGCAACGCAUGGCUUCGGAGUAUUGGUAAGGUCAUCACCGAUUACAAAACGAUGACAAUGGAGUUCAAAGUCGGCACCAAGAAGAAGGUAUGGAUAGCAUUUCAUCCAAAGGAAGUUCGGCCUUGUGAAGCCAACAUGCUUGAGAGGCUAUGCCGUGGGGGAGCUUUAUGCCUCGCCGUGGUCAUGGCCAACCAAGGAGGGGCUGCGGGGGGACCUCAACCGCAGCCAAAUGAAGACAUGAGCACCCUUCCAUUGCAAGUACGCCAACUUCUUGAAGCUCACCAAAAAGUCUUGGAGCAACCGACCCACCUUCCACCACAAAGACCUUUUGAUCAUCCGAUCCGGCUCAAGGAUGAAAGCAAGCCCAUCAAUGUACCUCCUUACCGGUAUGCUCACUUCCAAAAAGGUGAGAUCGAAAGGCAAGUUGAAGAGAUGAUGAAGCAAGGGUUGAUCCGCCCAAGUACAAGUCCAUUUUCUUCCCCGAUCCUCUUGGUAAGGAAGAAAGAUGGAUCAUGGAGAUUUUGCACGGAUUACCGAGCUUUGAAUGAAGCCACAAUCAAAGAUCGCUUUCCUAUACCCACGGUGGAUGAGAUGCUAGAUGAACUCCAUGGCGCAAAGUACUUCACAAGAUUGGAUCUAAGAGCCGGCUACCAUCAAAUUAGAAUGAGGAAGGAAGACAUCCACAAGACGGCCUUCCGCACCCAUUCCGGCCACUAUGAAUACCUAGUCAUGCCAUUUGGUCUAUGCAACGCUCCAUCAACCUUUCAAGCGGCCAUGAACAAGGUAUUCAAGCUUCACCUCCGAAAGUUCGUCAUAGUUUUCUUUGAUGACAUAUUAGUCUACUCAAAGUCCAAGGAGGAACAUAUGAAGCAUUUGGAUCAAGUCAUGAGUAUCUUGGAAGAACAUAACUUCUACAUCAAAGCUUCCAAGUGCGCCUUUAUGCAAGAAGAACUUGAGUAUCUUGGGCAUAUUGUUUCCGGCCAAGGCGUGAGAGUGGAUCCACGCAAGAUAGAAGCUAUGACCGAUUGGCCUUUGCCCAAAGACAUUUCAGCCUUGAGAGGGUUCUUAGGCCUCACCGGCUACUAUAGAAGGUUUGUAAGGGACUACGGCCUCAUUGCUAAACCCUUUACCAACAUGCUAAAGAAGGACGGGUUCGAAUGGACUUCAGCCGCCAAACAAGCAUUUGAAGAACUUAAGAGAGCCAUGACUCAAACCCCGGUGCUUGCUCUUCCAAAUUUCAGCCAACCAUUUCAAGUCUACACGGAUGCAAGCAAUGAAGGAAUUGGUGCGGUCCUAGCACAAGACAAGAGGCCCUUGGCCUACAUUUCUAAGGCUCUCGGUCCUCAAAAGAAGGCAUGGAGUACCUAUGCUCGGGAGAUGCUUGCCGUGGUCCAUGCGGUCAAAGUUUGGAGACCCUACUUACUUGGGAGACGCUUCACCAUUGUGACCGACCAACAAGCUCUUCGGCAUCUCCUCACACAAAAGAUUGUCACUCCGGAUCAGCAAAAAUUCCUGGUAAAACUUCUUGGCUUUGAAUAUGACAUCAUUUAUCAACCAGGGAAGGAAAACAAGGUGGCGGAUGCAUUGUCACGCAAAGAAGGAAGCCCCGUCCUAGAUACCACCCUUGAGGACAAGGUUGGGGACAUUAGGGACAUAGACAUACCCUUUGUAGAAGAUGAGACCGUCUCGGAUUUUGAAGUUGGCCACCCCAUCGGCUGCGGCUUCCACCUUUUCUAUGAUCUCUUGGGAUCGGCUGUCAAGCUUGGUGGCUUCACGGAUUCGGUCCCAAAUUCGCCAAUCAGCUCCACUAAUGGCAAUGCAAGUGGGCUCUUCUUCUUCGGGUGGUAA